UUAAUCUCCCUUCUCAGUACUAACAUGGGCUAAUCUGUGGAAGCAGCUUAUUCCAGUGUCACCCAGGGUGCAGCCACACCAAGCUCUGCAGAGGGUGUUUUUCUUUUAAAUGUAACACCUUUUCAUCUUUUCUUCUUAAAUAGUACCUGAGAACAUUUACAUUAUAGAUAAGUAGUAAGUACAUGGUGGAAAAUUCUACUUUCAAGAGGACUUACUCUCUUCUUAUAAGUUCUAGAUUGGCCCACUACACAAGACAACAUGAAGGAGUAUGUGCUCCUACUGUUCUUGACUUUGUGCUCUGCCAAACCCUUAUUUCGCCCUUCAUACAUGACACUAAAGAAUAUGAUGCUGAAGGACAUGGAAGAAGAAGGUGAUGAUGAUGACGACAACUCUCUUUUUCCAACAAGAGAGCCAAUUAACCCCUUCUUCCCAUUCGAUCUGUUUCCAACAUGUCCAUUUGGAUGCCAAUGCUACUCGAGAGUUGUACACUGUUCUGAUCUAGGUUUGUCCUCUGUCCCAAGCAACAUUCCAUUUGAUACUCGAAUGGUUGACCUUCAAAACAAUAAAAUUAAGGAAAUCAAAGAAAAUGAUUUUAAAGGACUCACCUCACUUUAUGCUUUGAUUCUGAACAACAACAAGUUAACAAAGAUUCACCCAAAGGCAUUUCUAACCACAAAGAAGUUGCGAAGGCUUUAUCUGUCCCACAAUCAACUAAGUGAAAUACCACUUAAUCUUCCCAAAUCAUUAGCAGAACUCAGAAUUCAUGAAAAUAAAGUUAAGAAAAUACAAAAGGAGACAUUCAAAGGAAUGAAUGCUUUACAUGUUCUAGAAAUGAGUGCAAACCCUCUUGAUAACAAUGGGAUUGAACCAGGGGCAUUUGAAGGGGUAACAGUGUUCCAUAUCAGAAUUGCAGAAGCAAAACUGACCUCAAUUCCUAAAGAAUUACCUUCAACUUUGUUGGAGCUACAUUUAGAUUAUAAUAAAAUUUCAACUGUGGAACUGGAGGAUUUUAAACGAUACAAAGAACUGCAAAGGCUAGGUCUAGGAAACAACAGAAUCACAGAUAUCGAAAAUGGAAGUCUUGCUAACAUACCACGAGUGAGAGAAAUACACUUGGAAAACAAUAAGCUAAAAAAAAUCCCUUCAGGACUGCAAGAGUUGAAAUACCUACAGAUAAUCUUCCUUCAUUCUAAUUCAAUUACGAAAGUGGGAGUGAAUGACUUCUGCCCAACAGUGCCAAAGAUGAAGAAGUCUUUAUACAGUGCAAUAAGUUUAUUCAACAACCCGGUGAAGUACUGGGAAGUACAACCUGCAACAUUCCGUUGUGUUUUGGGCAGAAUGAGUGUUCAGCUUGGAAACUUCAGAAAGUAAUAAUUAGUAAUUAGUGAUAUCCAUUCAACCGAAAAUUCAAAAAUUGUUACAUUUGGAAUACUUGAACUCUAUUAAUAAUGGUGGUAUUAUACAUAUAAGCAAAAAUCUAUUCCCCUGUGGUAAGGACAUUGAUUUACCGUACGACAAAAAAUUUCAACAGAAUUUUGCAAAAAGAUUGAUACAUCAGGAUUAAGAGAAACAAGCAUCUAUUGCAGUUUCCUUUUACAAAUAUAUGAUUUUGCGUAAGUCUCAUGCUUGAACAUUCUUUCUCAGUAACAAAAAAAUUAAGAUAUUCAGUAUUUAACACUUUGUUAUCAAAUGCAUUUUUUUUUUCUUUUUAUGGCCAUACUCGUGGCAUAUGGAAGCUCCUGGGCCAGGGAUUGAAUCCGAGCCAUAGCUGUGACCUAUGCCGCAGCUUUAACCCACUACACCAGGCCAGGGAUUGAACCCACACCUCUGCAGUGAACCAAACCACUGCAGUCAGAUUCUUAACCCACUGUGCCACAGUGGGAACUCCUCAAGUGCAUUUUAAAAAGAACUGUACUGUAAAUGAAAUGCUCGACUUAGCAAAAUUUGUGCUCUUUCAUUUGCUAUUAGAAAAAGAAAAUUGACAAGAACAGUUAAAGAGUACAUUAUACUAUUCUUAUUCUGUCUUUAUAACUUUAAUUACUGUAAUAUUUCUAAUAAUGUUGAUUUACUAUAAUCUUAUUCAAAUUCUUAUGUCUUAGAGCCUGACUGUCUUCAUGUUUAAAACUCCUUAUAGUAAAAUCUUUAGUGUUUAUUACCAACUCAACAGAUGCUAUUCAUAAUAGCUCUUUUUCAAGUUGUAGCACAUGCUUUUCUUUUUAAUUAUUAUUAUCUGAUUAUAAAACCUCUAUAGAAACGAACAGUGUUUAUAUAAAAUCUGUAACUCACACUUUUUAUUAUCACAGUUAUUAUAAGCUUUUAACAGUAUGUCAAUUAUUAGGUUGUAUAACACUUUCACCUCAAUGCUAAGGAAUAUUUUCAAGAUGUCCCUUUGUAGGAUCUUGGUUGGAAGAGACUGGAUACUAUCAAUUCUACACCAAACUGUCUUCUUAGGUACGCACAGAUUGGAUAACUCUGAAAAACACAUCUGCCUAAUUAAAUAGGCAGAGCAUUGAACAGAACACACAGAAACUAAAAGCUCUGUGUAAAAAGAGUUCUUAUAUAUUUUUUGUUGUUGUUCAACAUGAGUAAAGCUAGAAAAUAAGGAAAACAUUAAAAUAUUGGUUUGAAAU